CAUUUCUGUUUUGCAGGAAACUCUACCUCAAAUUGCUCUGCUUGGAAGUCUGUUUCCUGGGCACUGCUUGCAGUAGCCAUCAUAGCUAUUCUUGUUUUCAUUGCCAUAUUGAUUUGUUUCAUUAAAGAGAAACGUAAGAAUUCACAAAGUAGAUAUGGUGAAGAAAGCAGAAGAAUAAUACCAGAUAAACUAAUAGCAGAGAAUGAUAAAUUAAUAAUAGAGAAUGGAAUCUUGAAGAUCGAAAAAGAAUUCUCAGAUGCCCGCUUCUACAGAGCUGAUGUGAUCUUGGACCCCAGGACAGCUCACCCAAAGCUAAAAGUGUCUGAAGAUGGCAAAAGUGUUUGGAACACAGGAAGUGUUUCUAAGGUUUCUGACUGGGAGAAGCGGUUUGACUCCCGCACAUUCAUUCUGGCAAAACGUGGAUUUUCAGAAGGCAAACAUUACUGGGAGGUGGGGAUUGGUCAGAAGAAAACCUGGGACUUGGGAGUUGCCUCUGCAACUGCUUCUAGAAAGGGGGAGAUCACCCUGUCUCCUGAGAAUGGCUACUGGGUCAUAGGAUGUGAUGAUGGGAAAGAUUACUGGGCUCGGACAGAGCAAUGGCUCCGCCUGAAAGUGAAUGGAAAGCUUAAAAGAUUAGGAAUAUUCCUAGAUAAAUCAGCUGGAAGCUUAUCUUUUUAUGAUGUCUGCAGUAAAAGGAAAUUUUACACUUAUAAAACACUUGGUGUUGGGGAGCUUUAUCCCUUCUUCUCCACAGGAUCUGUGACUGCAGAGCUAGAUAGUUCUCCACUAAGGAUUCCUCCAUGGAAUUUGGAAGACUGAUUGUGGGUACAGAAUGGGAAAACAUACCAGCUAGCCCUGGAAUAGCUCAGAAUUAGUGAAGCCCUUUCAUUUAGCCAGGUUAGUGGCAUAAAUCCAGGUGCCAAAAAAUGAGAGAAACAGAGUAGACACAAUGACGUCAAUGAAUUCCAUCAUGUUCCCGCAUCUAAGAAGUAGAAAUGAUUCAACGCAUAUGGAAUGUGGACAAGAUACCAAGAUCUACUUGAAAGGGAAACACCUUUAUUGCUAUCCGCUGUAGAAACCAGUACACAAAAGAAACUUAAUAUGAUGGAGAAUUGGGGCAGAUAUAGA